CGUGCGCCCACUCCGGGUGGGUCCUCGCCCCCGCCCAGCGCUGCAGCGCGCCUUUAGGAGCGGACGCCGCCCGCCCGCCCGCCCGGGUACCUGGGGAGGCGCGCACCGGGGACCGCGGGGUGAAUGACGGCCGGGGGCUGCGGGGAACAGCCUCCUCUCCUGCAGGGCUGUGGGCGGCCUGGACAGCAAGCAUGGUGCCCUCCGGCCAGGUGGCGGAGAAGCAGGAGCCCCCGGAGCUUGGGCGGCACCCUGAGCUCAAAUCCUGGAGGUGCCUGGUGUUCUACCUGUGUUUCUAUGGCUUCAUGGCACAGAUGCGGCCCGGGGAGAGCUUCAUCACCCCCUACCUCCUGGGCAGCGAUAAGAACUUCACGCAGGAGCAGGUCACCAACGAGAUCACGCCGGUGCUGUCCUACUCCUACCUGGCGGUGCUGGUGCCCGUCUUCCUGCUCACCGACUACCUGCGCUACAAGCCGGUGCUGGUGCUGCAGGGCCUGAGCUACAUCUCCGUGUGGCUGCUGCUGCUGCUGGGCGACUCCGUGCUGCACAUGCAGUUCAUGGAGCUCUUCUACAGCCUCACCAUGGCCGCCCGCAUCGCCUACUCCUCCUACGUCUUCUCGCUCGUGUGCCCGGCCCGCUACCAGCGCAUGGCCGGCUACUCGCGCACGGCCGUGCUGCUGGGCGUCUUCGCCAGCUCCGUGCUGGGCCAGCUGCUGGUCACCGUGGGCCGGGUCCCCUUCUCCACGGUCAACUACAUCUCCCUGGGCUUCCUCACCUUCAGCCUGGUCCUCGCCCUCUUCCUGAAGCGCCCCAAGCGCAGCCUCUUCUUCAACCGCGCCGCCCCCGCGCGCCACGGGGCCUCGCCCUCCGAGCUGGACCGCAUGAACCCGGCCCCUUCCCAGCCCGCGGACGCCAAGCUGGGCCGGGCGCCGCUGGGGGCCUGGCGGGACUGGACCCUGGUGCGCAUGCUCCGGGAGCUGGGGGACCACCUGCGGCUGCCGCAGCUGCGCCUCUGGUCCCUCUGGUGGGUCUUCAACUCGGCCGCCUACUACCUGAUCGUCUACUACGUGCACAUCCUGUGGAACGUGGUCCACCCCACCACAGACGCCUCCUCCGUCUACAACGGGGGGGCGGACGCCGCGUCCACCCUGCUCGGUGCCAUCACCUCCUUCUCCGCGGGCUUCGUGAAGAUCCGCUGGGCGCUGUGGUCGAAGCUGGUCAUCGCGGGCGUGACGGCAGUGCAGGCUGCGUUGGUGUUCCUCAUGUACAGCACGAGCAGCAUCUGGCUGUGCUACGUGGCCUUUGUGCUCUUCCGUGGCGCCUACCAGUUCCUGGUGCCCAUCGCCACCUUUCAGAUCGCAUCCUCUCUUUCUAAAGAGCUCUGUGCCCUGGUGUUCGGAGUCAACACAUUCUUUGCCACCAUCCUCAAGACCAUCGUCAUCCUCAUCGUUGCCGACAAGCGGUGUCUGGGCCUCCCGGUGCGCUCGCAGUUCCUCGUCUACUUCGUGUACUUCCUAGUGCUGUUCGUCGUCUACCUCUCGGCGGCCAUGCUGGUGAUCCUGCGGCACCUCCGGGAGGGCCGCCACCCGCCCCCCGCCCUGCCCCCGCCCCAGGAGGAGAAGGCCGAGCAGGUGCUGAGCCUGCAGGACAGAGGCCUCAGUGGCCCGAAGCCGGAAGCCCCCGCGCCGGCCCUGGAGGACAGCGUGUGGACGGCAGGGUUGGCCUCUCGGGAACAGAACCAGCAGCCCGAGGCCAAAGCCUGACCCAGCCCGGCCUAGCGGGAGGCCAGGCUCCUCUGGCGCCGGAGGCAGCCCGUGCACCGUGCUCCACGUCCUGGGGCCUCGAUGUCUCAG